CUACGGAUGGUGCAUUUGUUGUGAAGCAUCCGUUGCAAUCUCCUACAUCGCAAUGCUUCUGUGGAUGCGAUAUACACGCUGAUGGAAUUUAUUCUAUGGCGCCGGAUACACUCGGCGAUGGGCCUAAUCGCCAGGGAAACAAGUGUGGACUAUUUUUUUCAUUUGAAAAGGAGCUGGUAGAGAAUGAUGGAUCUCAUCGCAUGCGGGGCUCCACUGGACAACAGUUUCCAAAAAAACAAAUUGGAACUCGUUAACAAAGGAUCUUUGGGUCGUCGCCGAAGACCAUCUCGUUCUAACUUGAAAUUACUACUUUCGUCGUCCUAUUCUGCUCCAGAAUCGCCCAAUUCAACGCCACAGACACCAAAUUCAGCACCACAAACGCCAAAUUCAACUGCACGAACUCCAGAUUCAACUCCACGAACACCGAAUUCAGUUGCACGAACUCCAGAUUCAACUCCACGAACGCCGAAUUCAGCUCUACGAACACCCACUUUAAUUCUACAAACAUCGUACUCAGCUCCACGAACACCCAGUCCAGCCCCGCGAUCGUCCACUCCGACUCCUACUGCUUGCAGUAAGAAACCACUUGUGAACGGCAGUGUCCACAAAGAACGAUCGAGUCCGCAAAAUUUCAAGCCUCUACCAAGGAUUGAGUCAAGCUUACCUCGAACAUCCUCCGAAUCGAAACUAGUGGCCGACGCACAGCAAUUCAGCAUAGAAGCGAAACUAAAGCGCAAAAAGUCAGACGUGGGCCGAAGUGCAGUUCUAAUUCAGACCUGGGAGAGAAGGACCAGGAACGAUUCUUUGCCAAAGCGACAGCAGUCACUGAAAAACCGAUUUCAAAACAAAGAGAACAUAGGGGAACUCGACGCCAUGCCUGACUCCUACAUCUGUGCGAAGUAUUCGGGAAAUACCCUAAGUGUCGAAUCUUUGAAGAAUGGUGGAUUGGCUUCUAAAGUUCGAGCGUACUCUGACGAAACAAUGCUGUAUCGAAUGUCGGAGAACGGCCAGCGUUACGACAAGCAAGUGCAAGUCAAUGGAAAUGAGCUGAACGGAGAAGAGCCCGAAUGGAUAAGUCUUAGCAGAAAGCUCCGUGCCAAAUUUGUGGAAGGCCACAUAGAACACAAUUCCGCCGAUUCCUAUCUACACGAGGAACCGGAUGGAGUGAAGCAGCACGUGGUAAAGCUAAUUCCACCACCCCAGCCGACGAAGCAGGCAGCAUGCGAGGCUCCGCAGAAAUGCGAUAUUAAGAAGAAAGUGGUGGACAGCAUGGACGUGACAGCACAUCAAACGGAUGAGCCGCCAUGGAUUCAUUUGAGCAGAAAAUUGUGCACAAAGUUCAUCGAGGAACACAUAGAGUAUCCUCUUAUUACACCAGAUCACUCUGUGAAGGAAAUAAAUACGAUCGAGCCCAACGGCGAUGUCAGAAUCAUCGAAAAGAUUGGAAAGCCAAAAUGUCGAAAUUCCAAAACGAGGAAGGAGUCGGAACCGGAGUGGGUCAGCUUAAGUCGAAAGUUGAGAGCAAAAUUCAUCGAAUCUCAUAUAGAUGAUCCUGAAACCAUUUCUCUCGACAACCAGCUGAAUGCGUCGGAUCCCGAAGAAACCAGCUCCGAGUCUCUAUCGGAUACCUCUCAGGAGAUGGUUGUUCCAAAGAAGACAUACAAGGAGACAAAAGAAUCUGUUUGUCAAGGAUUUGAUUCAGAGAAGAAAGCCUUUCAAGAUAUUCCAUCUCCUUAUGAGAAUAACUAUCAAACAGAGAAAAAUAAAGUAAACUCAACUGUGGACGAUGACUGUUCUUGGGAAUAUCAAGAAAUAGAAUUUGAACCAGAAGAUUCUGGAACAUUUCAAGAACAAGACAGCUUUGAAGAUCCUUUUCUAAGACCUACGAAACAUGGGCAUGAAAAUUCUGUAGAAAUAAAAGUGCAACCUAAUGCUCACUAUGACAUAAAUAAGCAAGAAUCUCGACAAAACAACUCAUCGCAUUUCACCAGCUUUGCUGAAACUGUGAAUGCUCACAUGUUCUCAAACGCCGAGUGCUAUAAUAAUGAUGUUAUAUUUUCUUCAGGUUUUACAGGCAGUGAAAAAAGUCCUCCAGGCAACUUGAAUAAUAACAAGAAAGUCAUAACAGUACAGUUUGUUUCUCGGCGGGAGAAAGAGCCCCAACAUUUUGUGAAAGUCCAGAAAUCUGCACAAACACAAGUAGAAGAACCUCUAGAAAAGAGUCACAACAGUUCUUUCUUCAAUCUCACAACGUGGGAAGAAGCUCAUUACAAAUCUGACGAUGAUCGCCCGGAGAGAAUCUGCAGUCCAUCUUCUAACAUAUCUUUGAUCAAAGAAUGGAGAUCACUGGAAGAUAUUUGUGAUCAUAAAAAGAGAAAUUUACUAGAAGAAACAAAGAAUAAAUCUGAACGUGAACGAAGAUACAGUGAGUACCAAAAUGCACCAUUCCCGAUGAAAGAGAACCAUAUUUACAACUCUGUCGACGUUCUUGAUAAAACAGAAUAUCAAAAUGGAAUUAAUCAUCCCAAAUCAAAUGAAAAUCAUUUUAAAAGUCAAAAUUCGUCUGAAGUCAACAAUAAAAGGGAUAACAAUACUCAGCAAACAAAAAUUACUGCUAAUCAAUUUUCAGUCAAUGGAAUAACUGGAAAGGAUGUUAAAUAUGAAAAUUCUGACAACUUUACAAAGCGGGAAAAUAAUACUUAUUCGAAUGGAAAUAUCUGCGAAUCAAGCGAACACCCAACAGAAAGAUACGUAAAUGAUAAUAAUGUUUCAUCACAUGCCUGUGAAAGCGCUAAUGACUCUGAAAUAUCUAAGCGUGAAGAAAAAGAAGAAUUUUCAAAUUCUGAUUCAUCUGGGUCUAAUAAAAGUAAGCAAGAAAAAUCUGAUAAUCAAAGAAAUUCUUAUUCAAACAAGAAAAACCCUGUAUGUGAAGAUAAUAACUUUAACGGUAACACAAUCCAUGAAAAUGGCGCAUCGUUAGAAUACGAUUCUUUUGAAUUUCUAGACAAGGAUUACGCUGGAUAUGAAUCGCAUGAAAGUGACUUAUCAUCAGAUUCGGAACUGAACAGAUCACGAAAGAAAAAUUUAAAAAAUUAUAAAGAAAGUGAGAAUCGACGUAUAAAUCAGAGUUGUGAAAAGAAAUCGAAUAUGAGUGAUGAUACAAAACAGUUUCAAAUCGAAGAAAACGGAAAAGCAUCUAAAAAUAACUCACAUUCUAAAGAUAAAAAUGAUAAUAAUAAUAAAGCUUCGAAUAAGAAAAGUUAUAAAUGUAAUGGUGUGAUUCCAAAUUCAAAGGAAGUAUCUUCAAACAAGUAUUCGAAUUCUCACGAACAUAGAAAGGAAGAAAAAAUCUCAAAUAAUUCUUAUUCUGAUCUGCAAAAAUCAGAAAAAAGGAUUUCAAAAGUGGAAAAUAAUAAUUCUGCAAAUGAAUAUGCUAAUAUCAAUCCAGUUCAUGUGUCUUCUCAAGCCCAGCGCAAUGGAACACAAAAUUCUUUAGAAAUCAAUACGAAAUGCAAAUCAGCUCAAUCAGUUUCGCUUUCUGACAUCGAAGAUGAAUCUCCAGACGAUAAAAAGAAAAGUUCCAGACAAAGAAGAAACACUUUUGAUACCCUUCAUAAUGAAUUAGCUAUUAGUUCUCCAUCUCUGAAUUCUUCAGAAAUGAAACAAAACAAUCGAAAUACAAAUAAACUAUCUCCUGAUAAUACCAAUGUUAAGACCAAAUCAAAGAGCUGCCAGGAUAUUUCACGAACUGAACAUAUUUCUGCCUAUCAGGAAGAAUCUAAACGAGAAAUGAAAUCCAACGGCACUGGACCUCAGAAUAAUUUUAAAUCUCAUAAUGCUUCAACAAUACAAUUUCAAGAAUUCGAAUCGGAGGCUGAUAUACCUCUUUGUGCAAAAUUAGUUUCUAAGCAAAAUGGGAAACGAUUUACUCCAUCCAUAUCGUCUUCAUCAAACAGGAACCCAAGUCCUUGUUCGGAAUCAUCGCAUGUUUAUGAAGAUAUGUUUAAAGAAACCACUUCAUGCCCAUCAGAUUCUGAAACAUCCAGUUGGACCGUUAUGAAACCGAGUAACAGUUAUUACGUUAACGGUCGGUCGUCUUCUAUGAAUGAUUUAGACUAUUCGGAUUCCUGUUCGAUGUCUGUUAAAUGUGAUUAUGCAUCGAGUUCAGAGCAAAGUACCUUGCAAAGUCGCCAGUCAAGCGUCAACAGUUCCAGCUUCUAUGUAAAUUUAAGAGACUACGACUCCCACAUGUUAGAACCGAGCCUUAGUCGUAAACGGAAAGACAAUAAAAAGGCUACCAAGAAUGGGAAUUUGGGGAAAUUUCCUAACAGCAACCCUCCUACACCUGAAUCCUUGAGACAUCUUUUUACUUCGCCGCUGAAUUCCAUUCAUUCACCGCCAAACAGAGCCUCUAGAUUGAUAAACAAGCUGCCACAAGAGCCAGAAUCACAUUAUUAUUCCACAGCAGCAGCUGCCAGUUCCGCUUUCAAGCAUGGAUUCGAUCCAACUCCACCCAAACCCAAGAAAACCGAACGCAGUUCUUCCAUCAAGAUAAAAGACAUAGCUCAUGGAAUUAUUCUGACUUUUAAAAGAUUCCAGAAUCAUUCCAAGACCUCUCACGUGUCCCCCACUCAUUACGUUGACGUUAGUCACUUGGCCGAUCCCGGCACGAAAGCAAACGGUUCCGAAUCUUCGAAAUCCAAAUCCAAGAAAGAGCAGAAAGAAAUUGCGAGGAGGCUGGAAGAGAAGAGGCGUUGGGCAUUUUCUUCUGAAAAUCUGAGAACUGACAGCGAUUCCGGUUGCCAGUUAACCACUUCAGAUGCUCAGAGACAAAAAGCCAGAAGAUCUUCCAGUGAUUUGGUUGGGAAGAAACCUGGUGUGGACGUCGUCAGUCCAGACGUUACGCGGAAUGGUGGCGCGGGUGAAAAGAAGAAAACAAAAAAUGGGAAGAAGAGUUCAAAUGCAAAAGAGAAAGGAAAAAAGUCACGAAGCAAGUCUUUGGAGCCACGCACAGUUCCAACUGUUACCCGCAAAGUUCAACAAAUGGCUGAUGGGACUCUUUAUUUAGUCACAACCGUAUCCGGUGAUACUGCGCUACCUGGUGUAUACUCAGAUUCUCCGGAUACAUCAAGCGAGCUUAGCAGUCACAGGCCUGUCAAACUGACAGGUGAAUCGAAUUGUUGACCAACGGAACAUUGACAAGAAACUGUGAAUUACAUUGGCCAUGCCGACAGCAAGCAGACGAUACCAGAAAAAUAUGGUUAUUGCAUUGUUCUGCAGUUCUAAAAGAAAGUUGUUAGAUGGAUUGUGGGUAAUAUCCACAAGAACAGUUUGAAAGUACUAACAUAACACUUCCGAAAACUGUAUCUGAAAGUAAAAUAUGAAUGUAAAUAUAUAUAUUUUUAAAUAAGAUCUUUUGAAUGUUUUUUCAGCGAGAUUUCCAUAGCUUCUGGAUUUUCAGAGCUAUAUAUUUUUGUGAUAAUGAACUUUUUUCGAAUUCUUUAAUUUGUUUUUGUGUGUGUGUAAACUUUUGAUACUCACAGUUUUAAACACGCAGAUUGAUAAACAUAGCUUUAAAAUGUUAAAUUAUUUUUUAAAUGUUCAUUUUAAAAAUUAAAAUCGACAAAUUUCUUGCUUAAGGAAUAAAUGAUAAGAAUUAUUUUUCAUGCCAUCAGAAUUGACUUGAAUACAAUAAAAAAUAAAUAACAAAAUUCACUGUAUUCGAAAUAUUUGUUGAAUUUUUUAGUAUUCAAAUAAUUCCAAAAAAUAGUUGCCUGUGUUAUUAUUAUCUGUUUGAUUUAAUAAUGAAUUUUAUUGUACAAAAAAAUGUAAAAUAUGCCAAUAAUCGUGCAUUUAAUACUUAUAUAUAUUUCAUAGAAUAGCAUAUCAGCACUUCGUUUAAAACUUUUAUUAUCUUUAUAAGGCACUUUGUAUAAUGUUUUUAAUUGUAACAGUAUAUAUUUUUAUGAACUUAGAUUUUUAUGGAUUUAUAAUAAUAUAUAAUUUGUAUUUGCCAUUCAAUUAUUUUGUUGGAUUUUGAAAGAAUUUUAGAAUUUUGUUGAAAUGAUAUUUUUAUAUCGCUUUAAGUUUUUAUAGCAAAUUAAAAUUCUGUAAUAUAAAGAAUGAAGCACUAUUUAGAAGGAAUUGCUUUUUUAAGUACAUUCAAAUUACAGCUCUAAACCAAAGUAUUGUAAAAUUUUGAGACCGUAAACUGUUUCAACAAUUAUUAUUCAAUUCACAUCAAUCUUUAUAUGUAUUUUGUAACAUAUCAGUAUGGAUAUUUAUGUGCACCUAUUAAAAAUAAA